UUGCUCGACCUCGAGGAAUUCGAGGAUAUAGAGCCGUAUGCGUACCGACAUUUGACUUUGGAGUUCUUCAGCACAGUCACCAAGCACGACAAUGGGAAGUACCUCACGGCUUGUCUCAAGGGCAAGGAGUACAAAAGCACCGACAAAGUGUUAUGCGACAUCUACAAGUUCGAUUCCUCGAUCACGUCACGCCACAGCCCCAUGGGAUUCAUAGUUGAUCCGCAUUGGGCGGUCAUCUCCCCCUGCGAGACGUACAAGAAAUCAGGGCCAUCUUCGGGUUUCAUCAGCGACGUAGCUCUUGUGUACCUGAAGGAUACCCUCUUCGAUCUACGCCACGACUCGAGGCAUGGCCUAAACUUGGGUCAUGUGGUGGCCAAGUUAGUAGAAUACUUUGGGGUUGAGAUCGACGAAUCCAAAAUCUAUGCCAAACUGAUUACCAAGAAAGACCUCUGGCACGCCGGCUUCCUUAAAAACUCCACCACCCCGAAUCCCAUCAUCAAGCGGACCGCAUACAAGGCCUAUUGCGAGGAAAUGGGUAUACCACUUCCAGACGACGACUCCAAACCGGCAGCCAGUACAUCGACCGGUCCAGCUAGCGAGAACCCUCAUGAUGAAGACGAGGACGAGCUGGACGCCGAAAACCAUCCCACCCACGAGACCUUUCAGCCUCCUCCAUUGAUAGACGCGCACAUAGGUGCGUCUUCCCAGUCAGUUGCCCCAGCUUGGUUCUCUGCAUAUGAGGCUCGAAAUGAGGCACGUUGGACGACUUUCACCGAGCAGAACGACGCGCGUUGGACGUCAUUCGUGGAGUCCAACGAUGCACGAUGGACGGAGCAGACGAACAGGUGGAACGAGUUUGUUCAGAGCAAUGAGGCGCACUGGACAACCCAUGACAGCCGAUGGGACACCUGGGCGGACCAGCAGUACCAGCACGGGUCAGUCACGGAUGCGGGUCGCGGACAGGAGCUGAUCGGAACUAGGUGGUGCGGGUCGCGGUCGCUGGCUGUUGCGAGUCGGGUUGUGACGCGCGGGUGUGUGGGGAGCAAGGUCUGGGACACGCGGUUCGUGCGCGGCAAGUUUUCUGGGCGCGCGCGGACUCUUGGCCGGGUGAAGGAUAGCGAGCGCGUGGGACACGGACGCUGGAACGAAUCGCGGAGACCACGAGCAGGGACGACGGCGCAGGGCUUCGCGGCUGGGACCUGGACACGAGGUUCAGCUGUGCGCGGUUGCGGGCUGGGCUCGGGCAGGUUCUCGACGGUGACAGGCAGCGGGGGCAAUUUUUGGUGA